AGAGGCUGUUAAAUCAAUAUUAUACAUUUUAUUGUCUAUGUAAAUGUACAUGGUAGAACCACACUUAUUGUAAAAUACAUACAAAUACUAAUGGAAUCAUGUUGGACAGUCACUUUGUGUUCAUACCUAAACAAACUGUCAGAUAUGUUACUGAACUAACAGAGUGCAUCAAGGUCAAAUCAUCAGACGAGGAUGUUGAUGAUUCAAAUGAGUUUGUGAAGUUCUUCCCUAGUUUCAUCUGGGCAGUGAGGGACUUCACCCUGGAGCGAAAGAUUGAUGGCAAAGAUGCAACAGAGAAUGAUUAUCUAGAGUUUGCUCUGAAGCUGAAACAUGGAACAUCAAAAAAAGUGAUGGAGCACAACCUUCCCAGGGAGUGCAUCCAAAAAUUAUUCCCCUCCAGGACGUGCUUCACGUUCUCGUUUCCAACCGCCCCAGAGAACGUGUCUUGUCUGGAGAGAUUGGAUCCUGCGGACCUUUCCACUGAGUUCCUGGAGGUUACAGGACGUUUCUGCAAGUUUGUCUUUGACAAGAGUGAUGUGAAGAAGCUGAAGGAUGGAUACACAGUCACUGGCAGAGUUCUGGGUCAUCUAGCAAAAACAUACGUUGACACCAUCUCUAGUGGAGCUGUGCCGUGUCUGGAGAAUGCUGUGAUCGCCAUGGCAAUGAUUGAGAAUCAAGCUGCGGUGAAGGAGGGGCUUGAGGUGUACCAGAGUGGAAUGGAGAAGCUGAAGAACUCCUUCCCUCUGGAGUUAAAGCUUGUGUCCUCGGAACACCAACGUCUCAGCAGCAUGGCAACACAAACCUUCAUGACUCGAUCUUUCAGGGACACUGACGGGAAGCACCUGAAAUCUCUAGAGGAAAAACUUAAUGAACUCUUUGAUGGAUACCUGUGCCAAAAUGAGCAAGCUUCUAAGAAAAGAUGCGAGGAUCUCCUGUCAUCCCUCUCAGCAACAAUGACUGAAAAACUCAAACAGGGCGUCUAUGCUAAAUCUGGUGGCUAUGAUCUCUUCUGCAAGGAUCUGGAGGACAUUGUGAAGAAAUACAGCAGCCAGACCAAUAAAGAAGUCAAGGCUGAAGCGGUCUUAAAGGUGUUUCUGAAGCAGAAGACUGUGGAUUCUAAAGCUAUUCUGCAAGCCGACAAAAAACUGACUGAGAAGGAAAAAAAGAUUAAAG